AUGGCAGAAAUUUGCGCCGACACGCACGCCCAAGCCACGUUGCCGCUCUGGGUGUGGCGGGACAGAGAGGCACUCUGUUCGAUCGUAGCGAACGAGCAAGACAAACAUGUUUCCACGAUUGCGCGCACGGUAGCCGUUAGUUCGCUGGUCGGCGGCCGCAGCGCCACCGGCCGCGUACCGUGCAAGCGAGGUGCGUUCGCGAACGUCCUAAGCGGCGUUUCUCAU